CCCCCCCAUCAAGCGCAGAGCAGAGCGUUUCGUUUUACGCGAGGGAGUAGUUUUGACACAGAUGGCUGAGGCGACAUUGCAGGCGAGCGCCGGAGGGGUCCGCGAAAGUUGAAUCCUUACGCCAGGAUUGCACGCAUGCGAGCGGGGACGUGGGCGAUGCUGGCUUCGCCGUGGCCCCCUGCGUGACGAGGGCUGCAGUCCCGGCUUGGUGUAGCCAAAGGUCUUUUAUUCCCCACCACCACCUCCCCUCAAUCCUCUUGGUUCUAACGGCAGUGAAAGUCGGUGUGAUCCAGGUCCCAGCUGGGUUACUGAAGGGGCGAAACGACCUGGGCUUUUUUUUGUUGUUGUUGUUGUAGCUUUGGGUUUGACGUCCCGUUCCAAGUUUGGGGUUUCCUGUUGGGUGUACGGGUUCAGACCACCUCUUCCUCUCCCACUGCCAGCCAGCCAGCGCAGGAGCCGGAGUGCAGCUGAAUGACGCCGGGGCAGUUCUGAACUAAAUGAACACCUCUCGCGGGGAGCUCGAAAGGCAGGCCUUCGCAGAACACCCUGAGCCGUUUUCUCUCCCUCCCGAGACGCCAGCGCAUCCCUUCUCCCAGGACUCGGUAUCAUGGCGAAGGAUGCUGGCCUAAUUGAAGCAAAUGGAGAGUUGAAGGUUUUCAUUGACCAAAAUCUCAGUCCGAGUAAAGGUGUGGUGUCGCUGGUGGCUGUUCAUCCCUCCACGGUCACCAUGGGGAAGCAGCUCUUGCCGAAGACGCUUGGGCCCUCCAACGUCAACAUCACACCGCACAUGGUGAUCAGUACCCCGCAGCGACCCGCGGGUACGAACGCCAUCCUGGUGGGCAGCUCCAACACGCCCGGCGGCCAGUUCCUGACGCAGAGCCAGGCGGGCGACGCCUUGCCGUGGCCCACGGGGAAGCGGAGUAAGAAAGGCGAGAAGAACGGCAAAGGGCUCAGGCACUUCUCCAUGAAAGUGUGCGAGAAGGUCCAAAGGAAAGGAACCACGACCUACAACGAGGUGGCGGAUGAGCUCGUGGCCGAGUUCAGCAACACCGACAGCCACAUUUCACCCAGCGACUCGCAUGUCUAUGACCAGAAGAACAUUAGACGCAGAGUCUAUGAUGCCUUAAACGUGCUGAUGGCAAUGAACAUCAUCUCCAAGGAGAAGAAGGAAAUCAAAUGGAUAGGACUUCCCACCAACUCAGCUCAGGAAUGUCAGAAUUUAGAGGUGGAGAGACAAAGGAGGCUUGAAAGGAUAAAGCAGAAGCAAUCCCAACUGCAAGAGCUCAUUUUACAGCAAAUUGCCUUUAAAAACCUCGUCCAGAGAAACCGCCAGGCGGAGCAGCAGAUGAGCAGGCCCCCUCCCCCAAACUCGCUCAUACGCCUGCCGUUCAUCAUCGUCAACACCAGCAAGAACACGGUCAUCGACUGCAGCAUCUCUAGUGACAAGUUUGAAUACGUGUUUAAUUUUGACAACAUGUUUGAGAUUCACGAUGACAUCGAGGUGCUGAAGCGGAUGGGGAUGGCCUACGGUUUGGAGUCGGGGAAAUGCUCUCCGGAAGACCUCAAAGCAGCCCAGAGCCUGGUGCCUAAAGCUCUGGAACCAUACGUCAUAGAAAUGGCUCAGGGAUCAAUAAGCAGCGUGUACAGUUCUGUAGGUGUGUCCUCUAACGGUGGCCAGUAUCACACUGGCAGCGACAGCGGAGCAGACGGGACAAUGGCAUCCAGCUCGAAUGGCUCCCACUACAGUGGCUCCCGGGUGGAGACGCCCGUGUCCUACAUGGGAGACGACGACGACGACGAGGACGACUAUGACGAGAACGACGACGAAGAGUAACCCCCUCACCACCCACCCACCCGCCAGGUCCCGGCAGCACAGCGGCCGUCGUCAGGAGCACCCCCUCCGCACUGCACUCUCUCCUUCGCCUCCGUCGUUUGCAUUUUCGAUUAUUAUUUUUUUAUGGGUGGGUUCAGACGUUUGUUCGCCUGAAGACCAGCUGGAAAAGACUGCUGGGCUUUGUUAGCCGGAGCUGCGCAGGCGAGGUCACUCUCCCGCCUUGUAUCUUUUUCCUCUGCUUCAGUCGCCUUCGGUUUGGGUCGCGGACAGCCUGCAGAUGAGGUGUAAUAUUAAGGCUCUAGGCACUGUAGCACCGUAGAAUGCACUAAGCCCUGUGAUGUUACCCUAGAGGGGUAUAGCAUGGUUAUACCUAGGUCAGGUUUUCAAGGAGCAAGCUAUUAGGAAACUAGAGGAAGACAGAUGUAGUUAGGAGUCAUGUGUGGGUUUAUUUUUUUUGGAUUGUGUUCAUUUGAAAAUUCUCUUCCUUUGCCAUUAUUUUCUUUUUUUACUCCCAAUUCUUAAUUUAAAGACUAAAAAGGGAUUGCUUCUAAAAUGAAUGCAGAUCAGGUUUCCCCCCCCCACUCCCGAGACACGUAUCAAAUUAAGACACACAUCCCGGGAAAGCGUUUGCAGGUGAAAAGAGUGGUUGGCUGAUUUUGUUAUUGUUGCCUCCAAAGAUUGAUCGGCGAAACCUAAAUGUUCACAUACCUUAGAACAUGUGGCCGUUUUUCUGUGAGGUUUGUUUGGAGCAGCUCCUUCAUGUAUUAAGUUUUGGUGUAUACAUUUUGUUUUGUAAAGUCGAUUGAACGCCUUUUCCUUUUUCUCUUCCAUGUUUUUUUUUUUUGUUUUGUUGACUGCCAUUUUCUGGGCAGCUAUAUUUGCGAAUCUGUUCAGUGUUUGGAAUGGCUAGGUUUAUAGAAGGUGCCUGAUUUCUCACAGGCAGAAAAUAUGAAUUUUGUGGUGUUUACAUGCAUACAAAUCUCUCCUUUUAAAACAAAUGUACUGACACUUAAGUACCUUUUCAUGUAAUCUAAUAUAAGUGUGAAAUUAAAUAUAGAGAAUGUUUUAACAGUU